GAAGUACAAGUUUAUAUUCUGUGGCAUAGGUCAACAGCAUGACGUUUCCCUGUUCCAAACUUCGACAUCAUCCCCUGCAUCUCCACUUCCUCAAUCACAGCUCUCGUAACAGAUCAACGCUUUCUAAACAUGUCGGCUAUCACUCUCACUCGUACCAUCGGUCUUGCCGCGCGCCAUCGCGUUGGUCUGUCCGCCAUCCCCGCUGCCCGCCGCAUCUCGACUGCUUCCCUCGGAAACUCCAUCUACCAAACGACGUCCUCGGCAAGUGGCAAGGGCCGCCAAGGCAAGGUGCAAAACCACGAUUCGGGGUUUAGCUCGCAACUCGCUCUGCCCAAAUCGAUGGGUGGACCUGGUAACACCAAAGAGAGUGUGAACCCAGAGAUCUUGUUUGCUUCGGGAUAUGCUUCUUGUUUCCUCGGCGCCGUCCAUGCCGUCGCUGGUGCCAAGAAGAUUAAGCUGCCUCAAGACACAUCCGUCGAUGUGACCGUGGAUCUUUUGAAGGGGGACAAUUUCGAUCUGAAGGUCAAGAUUGUAUUGAAAACUCCUGGCUUGGACAAAAAGGCCGCGCAAGAAGUUGUGGAUGCCGCCCAUCAGACUUGCCCGUACAGCCGGGCAACAAGGAAUAACUGCCCCCAAGAGGUCUCUGUGGUUGUUUAGAUAGCGUUCCGUAGCGGAAUCAGAAAGGGUCUUCGAGCAUCAGCAUAGUAUCACAUCUUGGUGUACGUAGCAUGAAAUGGAAUAUGCGUAACACAUUGUAUUUGUACGCUCGGUCUCGAAUCUCCAGGCAGUUGAGUGGGGAAAAGGUCAAGAACCGCUCUGGCAAUGAG